AUGAAAUGAUCAACAUUUUAAAAUUGUCAUCUCAAAAACAAAUUUUUACAAAAAUGUUUAGUAUUCAUAGUAAUACAAUUUCUGAAGUGCAUGAUAUACCAAUGAAAGUAUUAAUUCGACCAUUUCCACCUGAAGUUGAUGAAAAUAAAGUACAAUCGUUAAUGAAAACAAUUUCCGAUCCAAAUGAAAUUCAAAAUGUACCACCAGUUGACGUACUCUGGAUAAAAGGCCGUGAAGGAGGUGAUUACUAUUAUUCAUUUGGUGGAUGCCAUCGAUAUACAGCGUAUAAACGGUUAAAUAAAUCAACGAUACCAGCGAAAUUGGUUAAGUCAACAAUCGAAGAUUUGAAGUGUUAUUUAGGUUCAAGUACACCUGAUUUAAAAUAAAUUUUUGAAUUUAGGAACAUUAAAAAUACUAAG